AUGGAGGAGCCUGGGGAGUUUGUUGUAGCCACUCUGUCCUACUGCCACGUUCCGUGUGUCCUCCUGGAGGACAAGCCUCCUUUGCUUCCCACCAUCUGCAGUGUCGUGGCUAUGCAGGCUCCUUCGUCCCUCUGGGGCUGGCCCUCUCCUGCUCCCUCUCCACGCAUAUGUGGGUCGCUGGCCUUGCGGGUCCCAGUUCUGCUGGCCGCUGGUGUCCUCGAGCUGGCCUCGGAGGCCCAAGUGGAGCAGCUUCAGACUCCUCGUGCAUCAGGAGGGGCCCUCCAGUGUAGUCCUGGGACCACAGCAUCAGUAUCAGCCGAGAACGUGCUGGAAAUGCAAGUUCUCAGGCCCCGCCUCAGACCUACUGAAUCAGAAACGGCUGGAGUAGGCCCAGCAGUCUUACAGACGCUUGAGACGCAGGAAAGUCUGCCAAGCACACUCUUGAAGAAAGAGGCUGUCAUCCUGGCUCCAGAAGAGCGGAAGCGGAUACCCUGGGCUCCUGUGACGCGCCAUCACAGGCAGAGGCAGGAUGUACUGACAUCUCCAUCGUGCUGGCAAUAUGCUGUCCUUCUUAACCGAUUCAAUUAUCCUUUUGACCUGGAAGAGGACUUACAUUUGAAGGGCUAUCGCACCAUCCUCCAAAGAUCUUUACCCCACUGUCCUGAAUCCUUGAAGUGUUACCUCAGCAGCACUCCGGGCAGGAUGCCUUCAGAAAGACACCAAGUUGGAAACCUAAAGAAAUACUACCUCCUGAAUGCUGCGUCUCUUCUCCCAGUACUGGCUCUGGAACCAAGGGAUGGAGAGAAGGUUCUGGAUCUGUGUGCUGCUCCCGGAGGCAAGUUGAUUGCCCUGCUGCAGUGUGCGUACCCAGGUUAUCUUCAUUGCAAUGAAUACGAUGGGCUGAGAUUGAGGUGGCUGAGGCAGACGUUGGAGUCUUUCAUCCCGCAGCCUCUGGUGAAUGUAAUUAAAGUGUCUGAGUUGGAUGGCAGAGAAGUGGGAGACGCCCAGCCUGAAACUUUUGACAAGGUGUUAGUGGAUGCUCCAUGUUCAAAUGAUCGAAGUUGGUUGUUCUCUUCUGAAUCUCAGAAGGCAGCCUGCAGGAUAAGCCAAAGGAGGAAUCUGCCUGUUCUACAGAUAGAACUCUUGAGGUCUGCAAUUAAAGCCUUACGUCCCGGAGGCUUCCUUGUGUAUUCUACAUGCACACUUUCCAAGGCAGAAAAUCAAGAUGUGAUCAGUGAAGUUUUAAACACUCACAGUAACGUCGUGCCUGUGGACAUUGAGGACAUGGCAAGGACUUGCUCCCAAGACUUCACAUUUGCUCCCACUGGCCAGGAAUGUGGGCUCUUGGUGAUUCCAGAUAAGGGCAAAGCCUGGGGCCCAAUGUAUGUAGCCAAGUUGAAAAAAUUGUGUACUACGUGAAACAGUGGCAUGCAUUUUGUGAACCAUGUCAAUGUAGUAUUAUAUUUAUUUUUCUGAGCUCUCUGCAUGUUAACAUUUAAGUAUUUAUGGAGUCACUGUCCCUGGGUCUGUUUGGAAUCCUGUUUAGUUGACACCUUAGCAUCUUAGAAUCUAGGCUUGGGAAUUUUCCAGGUGUAUUUUUUUUCCUGCAAAUAUAUCUCUAGCAAUGAUUUAAGGUGGUACAGAUGGUGCUUGUUCUGUAUAAUAAAUCUGCUGUCUUUUACUUGGCAUUUUGUAGUUAAAUUAAUCAGAAUACAUAGUUUUAUGUGUAAAAUAUUUAGAAAUACCUUCUAUCCAUGAUGUUUGAACCUUUAAAAAUGCACAUUGCAGGCCUCUUCUUGUCAAAUAUACAGAUUCUUUCAGAGUUUUUCCCCCUUUUCUGUAAGAACUGAUUGGUAUUCUGAAACUAACUUCUUAAGUAGCACUAUUUCUAGUUCU